AUGGAUGGCCCCGGCAUGGAGGAGGAGGUGGAGGCUCCGCUCCCUCGCGUCCAGACGCGGCGGCGCAAGAGCCGCUGCCUGGCCGGCACGCCGCUCGCGCACGUCCCCUGCGAGGACGAGUUCGACUGCCGCGAGCUCGAGGGCCUCUUCCAGAAGUACAACCUGAAGCUGGAGCAGACCGCCACGCUCAAGGCGCUCGCCGUGCUCAUCGUGGCCGCGUCGGCGCUCGCGCUCGUCGAGCUGCUGUCGGCGGGCUCGCGCUUCACCGUGUCGGCGGGCUCGCACCCUGUGCACUGCGUCAUCUUCGCCUCGCUCUUCAUCGUGGCCAACGUCAAGUACCUGCAGGUGACGCAGCUGCAGCAGAUCGCGCGCCUCGCGCUCCUCUUCAGCUUCACCUUCGCGCUCCUCUGCUGCCCCAUACCGCUGGCGCUGGCGCGCGCGCCCCGUCCCGACGAUGCGGCUGCGGCUGCGGUGACGGCGCCCGCGGCUUCGCCCGAGCAGGGCGUGUGGCAGCUCAUGCUCGUCACAUUCGUGGCGUACUCGCUGUUGCCCGUGCGCACGCUGCUGGCCGUGCUCUUCGGCGUACUGGUGGCCGCGUCCCACUUCAUCGUGACGGCGACGUCGGUGACGGCGCGCAGGCCGCGCGUCUGGACCCCGCUGGUGGCGAACACGGCGCUGCUGGUUGGUGUGAACCUGUCUGGUGUGUUUGUGCGGGUCCUUACUGAGCGUGCCCAGAGGAAGGCCUUUCUACAGGCCAGGAACUGCAUCCAAGAGCGCCUGCAGCUGGAAGAUGAAAAUGAAAAACAGGAACGCCUCCUAAUGAGUCUGCUGCCCAGAAAUGUUGCCAUGGAGAUGAAGGAGGACUUCCUUAAGCCACCAGAAAGAAUCUUCCACAAGAUCUACAUCCAGCGGCAUGACAAUGUCAGCAUCCUGUUUGCAGACAUUGUUGGGUUCACCAGCUUGGCUUCUCAAUGUACAGCUCAGGAGUUGGUGAAAUUGCUGAAUGAACUCUUCGGGAAGUUUGAUGAGCUCGCCACAGAGAACCACUGCAGACGGAUAAAGAUCCUGGGGGACUGUUAUUACUGUGUGUCAGGAUUGACCCAACCCAAAGCUGACCACGCCCACUGCUGCGUGGAGAUGGGUUUGGACAUGAUUGACACCAUCACGGCAGUUGCAGAGGCAACGGAGGUGGAUCUGAACAUGCGCGUGGGUUUACACACAGGCCGUGUGCUGUGUGGAGUUCUGGGGUUGAGGAAGUGGCAGUAUGAUGUGUGGUCAAACGAUGUUACACUGGCCAACAUGAUGGAGGCAGGGGGGCUUCCUGGCAAGGUUCAUAUCACCAGGGCAACGCUGGAGUGCCUGAACGGAGAUUACGAGGUGGAGCCGGGCAACGGCCACGAGAGACACGCCUUCCUCGGCAAGCACGCCAUUGAGACCUUUUUCAUCGUACCCUCACACAGACGCAAGAUCUUCCCGGGUUUGAUUCUGUCAGAUAUUAAGCCAGCUAAGAAGAUGAAGUUUAAGACGGUCUGCUAUCUGCUAGUGCAGCUCAUGCACUGUAGGAAGAUGUUUAAGGCUGAGAUUCCUUUCUCCAACGUCAUGACCUGCGAGGACGAUGAUAAGAGACGAGCUCUUCGCACAGCUUCGGAGAAACUGCGGAACCGCACUUCCUUCUCAGCUGGAGCGCUGCAUAAUUCUCCCGGGACGCGCGUGAACCGCUACAUUGGCCGACUGAUUGAAGCUCGGCAAACUGAGUCGGAGACAGCAGACCUCAAUUACAUCACUCUGACCUACCGGAGCAGAGAGAGAGAGAGGAGGUAUCAGCAGGUGUAUGAUGAUGGCUUUAUCAAUGCUGUGGCAAUCUCUCUGGUUCUCACGUCACUUUUUGCCAUCGUCUACUUUGUCAUCAUUCCUCAAGGUCUGGUGAUUGUGAUCCUGCUGGUUCUUUGUAUCUGCUUUCAUAUGGCGAGUGUGAUGUACCUUCACAUCACUCAUGUGCAGUGCUCUCCCGACUGUCUUACUCUGCAGAUCAGGACAGUUUUGUGUGGCUUUCUGGUGCUGCUCUCAUAUUCCGUGACCCAGGGGUGUGUGGUGGCAUGCAUGCCGUGGUCCUGGGAGAGGAACUCCAGUAUCUCCAUUAUAACAGUGGUCAUAGUGAACAGCACCGCAGCAGGGGCGAGUGUAUGUAAAUACAGUCCAUAUGUAUUUUUGUCGUGUGUGAUGGCAUCGCUCUCUGUGGCCCUCUACCUGCGUGUGUCAUCAUUACCCAAAAUUCUCCUACUACUUCUCCUCAACAUCCUCCACACAGUCGUCAUGGAGACCAGCGGAUAUCGGCAGGCUGUGGGAGGAGGCUUCUUUCACACGUAUGGGUAUGAUCCUGUGUUGGCAAUGCUACUUUUCUCUGGAGCCCUGAUACUCCACUGCAGACAACUGGACCUCAAACUCAGACUGGACUACCUAUGGGCCACACAGGCUGAAGAGGAAAGAGAUGACAUGGAGAGAGUAAAACUGGACAAUAAGAGGAUUCUGUUUAACUUGCUUCCUGCUCAUGUGGCUCAGCACUUUCUCCUGUCCAACCCACGCAACAUGGACCUGUAUUAUCAGUCUUACUCUCAGGUGGGCGUCCUCUUUGCCUCCAUCCCCAAUUUCAACGACUUCUACAUCGAACUGGAUGGGAACAACAUGGGUGUGGAAUGUCUGCGGUUACUCAACGAGAUCAUUGCAGACUUUGACGCGCUGUUGGAUAAGGAAUGCUAUAGGGACAUUGAGAAGAUCAAAACCAUUGGCAGCACUUACAUGGCAGCAGUUGGCCUUGUUCCCACUACUGGAUCCAAGCCCAAGAAGUCUAUCUCAGCACAUUUAUGCACAGUGUCUGACUUUGCUAUAGAGAUGUUCGAUGUUCUGGAUGCGAUAAACUACCAGUCAUACAAUGACUUUGUGCUUCGAGUGGGUAUAAAUGUAGGUCCAGUGGUUGCUGGAGUGAUUGGUGCUCGCAGGCCUCAGUAUGACAUAUGGGGAAACACAGUCAAUGUAGCCAGCAGAAUGGACAGCACUGGAGUACAGGGCAAGAUCCAGGUGACUGAAGAUGUCUUCCGCCUCCUCUCCGGUCAUUACCGCUUCCUGUGUCGUGGUCAGGUCAGCGUCAAAGGCAAAGGUCAGAUGCUCACCUACUUUCUAGAGGGCCGGUCGAAUGAGGGCAGUUUCCAGACGCGCUCCAGGACAAGCCCUUGCAUCCGGACCAAGCUAAGCCCAGCCCCCACUGUGAGCAGUUAUGGGGUCAAAGCACCCAGCAUUGGCCCUGGCCCCGCCCCCUCCAACAACAGCAUCCUGUACCUGCCCUCUGUAUCUGUUGACAUGGAGAAAGAGGUGUGACUGACGAGGAGACCGUUUCUAUGGCGACCAACCUAUUUGCAAAGUGAGGAGGAGGGAGGAAAGAGGGAGCGAGAGGAGAAAAAGGAGGACAUGGAGGGCUGGAGUGUGAGAGAAAGAAGUAACGAGUCAGGAGAGGUCGGGAAAGUUGCUGGAAGGGCAUGGCUAGAGAAAAGAGGCCCACCUCGCUGUCCACAGGGUGACCAUGAUGUUUACACGAGAGGAGAAACAUUGAAUUCUCUAAUGAGGAGAGUAACCUUUCCCCUUACACACACAAGUAAACAUAACAAGCAGUUUUGUCUUUUCGUGUGUUUGUAUGUGCGCAUGUGCACAUGUGUGUGUGUGUUUUAAUGAGUCUUCCUCAGUCCAUCUAGAUAUCAGGGGCUCCUUAACUGGAGCACGUGUUCUACAGUAAUGGCAGCUUCACACCAACAGAGGACACAUGCCCUCCUCUGUGUGAUGGUGUGUGUGUGUGACUGUGCGUUAGUUCAUUUGUGUGUGAAGACAUUCAGUAAUGCUAGAGAAUUAAUGCCACGGCAUCGACUAUUCAGAGCAUGUGGAUGCAGUGUGGACUGAUCAUUUAAAAUCAAAACGGCGCUGUAUUUUACAUUUUUUAUGUGUGCGUGUGUGAUUGCAUGUGUGUGUGUGUUUAUGUGUGCGUGUGCGCGUGAGUGUAGUUGUAUGCAAAAGACAGUGAGUAAACCUGGCAGGGAGAAGAGAGAAGUUGUGAGAACUGAGUGCUCUCGAAAUCAGUCAGUUCAGGAAAGAAAUCUUACAUUUGGUGUUCUUGUUCAGUUUACCGGAAACAUAUGAAAGGGCAAGGUGAAUCACUUGUCUGUGCAGAUGUACAGUAAAUGGGAUCUCUGACUUGUAACCUUCAAAGUAUUUGUCUGCAGUUGUUGCCUUUUCGAGUGAUUUGCCAAAACCAGACUGAACAGUGAUGACACGGAACACAGAGGCCAAAAACUUUUUUAACUGCUGACGAACCCGAAAUCAGUCAGUUAUCCUAUCAUUUACAGUGCUUCUAAUUGCUUAGAUAAGGGUCAGGUCCCUGUGUGGCUGGGAUCAGCAAAGUUUGUGUUUGUACGGCUGCUAACAUUUACGCACGGAGGGAACAUUCUCGACGUCAGAGACUUCCUGCUGUCCUUUGACCUCUCAAUGAGAUGGAAAUUUCCUGUCCAGCAUAAACACAAAAGCAGAGCAAGGUCUUGCCUUGGAGAUACAUUUCCACCCUGCUGACGGUGCACUCCACAAAUUCACUUAGCCUGGAAUAUCAGCUUGAUUAGCCUGUUGAUUCGGUGGCUUAGCUGUUCAUGAACCAUAACAUGAAUAAACACGACUGUAAGAAACUUUAGUAUCCGCUGGGGAUAAAAAAAAGAAAAAAAAAACACAAGCCGAACUUUUGCUGAGGUUAAAAAUAGCUCAUGCAGCGUGUUCUCAUUUGCAGAACUGGUUUUGAUAUUUGUUCUUUUUAAGAGUAGGCUAACACUCAACCUGAUCCUGUUGGCUGCUGGCAAAGGAGAUUUAGCCUUGUGCUUGCACAAGAAGCACGAGAAGUGCUAGCUCACAGAAUCAAGCUUGCAUGAGAUUUAAAUGGCACAGUAAGCUGGUGGUUGCUGUCAAACGUUCUCUGAGCCUUCUGUUCUCUUUUUCUUGAACAUCUGGAUCUUUUCAGAGCAUGCAAAGGCCACAGACUUGCAUUCAGGUAAUCUGAGGCUCAUUGGCAGGUUCUGUAUUAAAUAGGUGGGUCUGAUCAGUUGAUCUCUCAUGUUUAUUCUUUUUCUUUUAUCUUUUUUUAUGUUUUUUUUUUUUUUUUUAACAAAAUGUGAUUAUAGCUUUGAUAUUUCUCCAAGUAUGCCUAGGGAAUGAAGUUGGCUUCAAGCAUGCUGUUCUGCAUGUCCCUCUUCGCAUGCCAUAGUUCUACCUUGUCUGCUCUUCUUGCUAAGUGCAAUGUGUCUCUAAUGCAUGACCAAUGCAAAAACCGAACAAAAAAAAAAAAAGGUGAAAUGUGUCAAAGAAAACGAAAAAAGGCUUUAGCUGCACUGCAUGAGCCCAGACGAGUGGCCUUUUUUUAAUUUCUACUGUGUUUUUUGGAUUCAAACCUUUAUCAACAGCUCGUUCGCUUUCCUUCUCCAUGCAUGGUGCUGUCAAGUGUUGGAGAAAGCUUGGGAGUAUUGUAGCAUUGCCGCCUUUUUGGCUCUUGAGGUGACUGCCUUCUAUCCAGGGGUUGUUGGGGUGGGUGUAUUCCUUUGUGCCAACACAUAUCGUUACCAACAUAUCAACUCCAGUGUUCUAUUGUAGCACAAUUUUGUGAUAUUGUGUUUGAUUCCACUUCUGAUGUUGUUUUUCAAGAUGUAGUUUCAUAUGCACUGGAUCCACCAAGGGCACAGUUUUGGCUUCCUGUGAAACUUUCGGGGUGGGACGUUUAGCUGUUGGGUGUUUCGGAGUUUCAAAGAAGUAUAUUUUCUUUAAUAUCUAUCAGUGCCGAGUAACACGCUCUUAGCUAAAGUAUAUCUAUUUUCUGUCACAAAGAACAAAACUCUGUAAGCUUGUAAUUGGAUACAAAAGAAAUGCAGUGCUUCAAAUGACACUUUCAGAUUCUUUGAGCUUUGCACUUCUAACAGCCCAGGAACCUCCAUUCGCACCACAAGCGAAGGCUUUUUAAGGGGCUACAGCGACCAAGAGACCUGACAUAGUAUCAUCUUUCUGUACGAAAGGUUCAAUUAAUAUUCGUAAGCCAAAAUCUUAGUUUUGUCUCCGAGUAGGCCUAGUUCAGAUUUUAUGAUCAAACAAAUGUAGCCACAUGACAAAAAUGGUUCUAUUUUCUAUUUGCAAAUGCCAGUGGCCUAAUUUACUGCCGUUCGAAAUAUUAUGAUCAGAUCAACUUUAUUAAUGCAUAAAACGUGCACAGUAGAAAAAAUAUAUAGACUAGAUUUUCAUGUGAAUUAGAUAUUUUCAUAUUUGAUACGGGUUAAAAUUAUGUAUGAAACCUUCUGUAGAGUAAACAGAAAGUAUUUUACUGAUGAUCUUAAAUUUAUGUGCUAUUUUUGGGGUUGCAAUGUAUUGAUUGCAAUGGUGAUAUAUGUGAAUGUAAGUUUCAUAUUGAGAUCUUUUAUACUUGUGUUUUCACUGUUCUGGAAUAAAAUACUGAGAGAUGGA